GCCUCCGACAGAGCAGCUGCGGAGCGGGGCCUCGGCCCGGGCGCUGGGGGAGCCCGCCUCUCAGGGCAGCAGUAGGAAGCGGCGGCGGCGCGUCCCAGGCGGUGCACGCCAUGUCGGGCGGGCUCCCCAAGGCCCUGCCGUCCACGGGGCCCCACUCCCUGCGCGACAUGCCGCACCCGCUGGCCGGCUCCAGCAGCGAGGAGGCCGUGGGCGGCGACAGCACGCCCAGCCCGGACCUGCUCUUGGCCCGCAGCUUCGCCGACAAGGAUCUCAUUUUGCCCAACGGCGGUACUCCGGCAGGUACUUCGAGUCCGGCUUCGUCAUCUUCCCUUCUCAACAGGCUUCAACUUGAUGAUGACAUUGAUGGUGAGACCAGAGAUCUGUUUGUCACAGUUGAUGACCCCAAGAAGCAUGUCUGUACAAUGGAGACCUACAUCACAUAUAGGAUCACCACCAAAAGUACGCGGGUGGAGUUUGACCUGCCUGAAUAUUCGGUCCGUCGAAGAUACCAGGAUUUUGACUGGUUGAGGAGCAAACUGGAAGAAUCACAGCCCACUCAUCUCAUUCCCCCGCUUCCUGAGAAGUUUGUGGUGAAAGGUGUUGUGGAUCGUUUUUCAGAAGAGUUUGUAGAGACCAGGAGAAAAGCUUUGGAUAAAUUCCUGAAAAGGAUUACGGAUCAUCCUGUACUAUCUUUCAAUGAACACUUUAAUGUUUUCCUUACUGCUAAGGACCUGAACGUGUACAAGAAGCAAGGGAUGGCGCUGCUGACCAGAGUGGGUGAGUCGGUCAAGCACGUCACCGGAGGCUACAAGCUGAGGAGUCGGCCUCUGGAGUUUGCCGCCAUAGGCGAAUAUCUAGACACAUUUGCACUCAAACUGGGAACCAUAGAUCGGAUAGCGCAGCGGAUCAUCAAAGAAGAAAUAGAGUACCUUGUGGAACUGAGAGAAUACGGGCCCGUGUACUCCACGUGGAGCGCGUUAGAGGGGGAGCUGGCCGAACCCCUGGAGGGCGUGUCAGCCUGCAUCGGCAACUGCUCCACCGCUUUGGAAGAGCUGACAGAUGACAUGACCGAAGACUUUCUGCCUGUGGUCAGGGAAUAUAUCCUGUACUCUGACUCCAUGAAGAACGUGUUGAAGAAGAGGGACCAAGUGCAAGCAGAGUACGAGGCCAAACUGGAAGCCGUGGCUCUGAGAAAGGAAGACCGCCCCAAGGUGCCCGCGGAGGUUGAGAAAUGUCAGGAUCGGAUGGAGUGUUUCAAUGCUGACCUGAAAGCCGACAUGGAGAGGUGGCAGAACAACAAGAGGCAGGACUUCCGGCAGCUGCUCAUGGGCAUGGCUGACAAGAACAUCCAGUAUUAUGAGAAGUGCCUCAUGGCGUGGGAGUCGAUCAUUCCACUGCUGCAGGAGAAGCAGGAGGCCAAGUGAGCUCCUUCUCGGGACAGAGGCUCUUCUACCCACACAGGGCAUGGCGCCCCGUCCCGGAAUGUCCCUGCGGUGCCAGCGAGGCAGCACUGAGAAAACAACCACAGAAACAUCUCUCCUCGUGUAUUUCUUUCCCACCCCCACCUGCCUUUGUCUGACAGUUGUUUUCAACUGGUAUUUAUUCCCUGGCGGAGUCCGGAGGGCUAUGAUCGUCUCAGCCGAAGCCGCGUACCUCCGUGCUGUGAAGGAACCCAUGACACAGAAUGCGACGAAGAUUUGGACGUGAGGGACGAGAUGCCCGCAGCCGACAUUCUGACAUCUCAUUAUGGCUUCCUGCUUUUCAGGGGCAUGAGGAAGGCAUGAACAGAAGGCCGCUCUUGCUUUCCAUGGAUACACGGCAGCUUGGGAUGGACCUCUGGAGGCAAUGACAUGUCCUGGCCCGGCAGGAGGCACUGGCCCCUCCACGGAAGGCCCUUCGUGCACAGCGGCCGGUGACCGUGCCUGCGGCCUGCUGCCUGCUUGUGAUGAGUGACACCUGUUUUAUGGCUUCUGGUUCAUAUGAGGCCGUUGAAAUCGGUGUCUAAGUGCAUCCGUGCUGGAGCGAGCAGGCCAGUGUCCUGCUCCUCACGCGGCCUUGGGAAGCUGCGGGGACAGCACUCCGCACACUCCGCUCUGACGCUAGAAUGCGGUAGUUUGGAAACUGUUUUUGUGUAAAAUGAAAAAAGGUGCGUUUUUCUCUGUGACGUUCUUCCAUGUUUUUCUUUCGCUUGUCAUCAGCCUAGAGAGCAGGCCUGUCAGGGAGUAGCCAUUGUCCUGAAGCCAGGGUAGCUCCCCAGCCGUUGAGAUCCCCAGGCAGAUGCCAGGCCCCCUGCCCACUCCUGCUCUGCGCAAUGGCCUUUACCUCACCAAAAAUUCCUAGUUUAAUGUUUCCUAUUAUGUCCACUGAGUGUUUGGGCAACCUUGUGGUGAGAAGCUGGUAUCUGGUUACGACACAGCCGAGAUUUUGUAAACUCAGUGUGACUGUCCCACAUGAAGUGCUUUAACCCACACUACUUCCUGAUCAGGAAGGAUGGCCGGGCCUCCUUGGUGACAUGGGCAACAGCGAACCCUUCCUCCUAGUUAAGCUGAAGUCAGUGUGUCGCCAAGAGCCCGGGGACCGCGGACUGCAGCUCAAGUCUUUAUUUCACACUAUUACCAGGUUGACUUUUCAAAUCAACAUAAACACAGGCAGACAAAGAAAAGAACUCUUUUUUUUUUCUUCUUCUCCUGAAACGAAGCUGGACAUGUCACGUUUGUGUUCUUUCAUCUGUGGCUCAUCCCUAUCACAUUAUAAAUCUCAAAGAAGUGAUAGUAUUUUUUUCCAGUGCAACAGCUGUGCUGAGACACUGCUGCACAUGGAGGCUGACCUGCCAACACCGGCCGGUGUGCGGCACAUUGAGGUCACUUGGCUCCACUUACAGCAGCGGAGUUGACCUUGUGUCAGCCACGGCCACGAUGCUGACCCUCAGCUCCCUCAGAUGCUGUCGGGGCAGCAGUCGGACAGCACAGGACAGUUUGGUUCUGCUUCCUUGUAUCUGAAAAAGUCACAGUUUCGGUUGUAAUUUUUAUAUCAAUAGGUACUUGACUGCGCUGUUAGACCCCAUUUGUGCCAUUCUAAAACCCUUUGAUGUGAAUUCUCAGUUUGGUACGAUUAGAAAUGAUUCACUGAAGUAGACACAUGAGAAUAGUCCAUCUUCCCCGAGGGGUGAUUCAGUGUUUCAUUCUACCUCUAAACCAUCACGUUGGUGUGGGUAGGAAGGCCCGGGUGCAGCCUGACCACAUGCUUGUAGAAUCGGGGUGGGUGGAUGGCCCUCUAUUGAUAUUUGAUAGGAGACACUAGACUGACCCAGCAGCAAACACUCAUCUUUGGGAACAUGUGAAGACUUGCCUUAUGGAAUAUGUGCUUUAAAACUGUCGCCCAGUGUAAUGAAUACUUAGAACUAUAGCAGGAGUUACAAGAAGAGUACACUCUGCUGCUAGUUGCCAAAGCCCAGGGACAUUCCUGUGUCAGGGUUAGUUGACAAAGAAGGCAACCCUUCCCAAAGAUAUCGAGUUCAUCGCUGGGACAUUUGGGGACGGGAGCAGGGUCUGCAGUCAUCUCCACACAUUAUUGGAGGCAGAAGACUAGCUCUGAAGGGAUUUGGGCGUCUUGGGAUUUUGUCUUUCUCUGGUCCCCGUGUUGCUUUCUUUAAGACAUCUGAGAGAGCGGGAACAAGACAAAUUGCCCUCCAGCAUGCCGUUGGUAACAGGACUCGGAAAACCAGUGUGCAUUACAGACUUCCAUGGAGAAAUGGCCUAGGCCACGGCAUCCGAUGAGGGAAGGAGGUUGGACCAAAGGAAAGGGUCAGUAGGCAGUGAAGGAGGCCCUCCAGCCCUUCCCAUGGCUCCCGUGGGCCCCUGAGGGUCAGAAGCCCCAAGCACUUGCCUCUUCAUGUUGAUCAGCACAAAGGUGAUUGAUUCCCUGUGACAAUGUGGAACCCAGAGACUUCUGUGCCAAAGACUGCCUCGUAGAGGCUUCGUCACCCCAUCCUUCUUGGCUCCACAAAGCCGUGGUGCUGAGAUCACUGACUCCUGUCUUGUAUUUGUUUUCCAGGAGAUUUUUGGUUGCAGACACACCUUACCUCAGGCAGACAGACAAGGCUCAGGUUGACCGGGCAGGGCAAUGGAAAGGCCUCCCUGUCCUCUGUCCCUGGCCUUCAGGAGUGAAAGGUUACAAUUGCCCAGGUUCAAAAUCCAGGCUAAGGCAGAAGAGAGAAGUCCUAGAAACUGAGCAGAUUUUAGCGAGCUAAUGAUCUGCUCUGUUGAGGACGGCAGUUGUGACUGGUAACAGACAUGGACCCUGCUCUUUUUUACCAUGUAGUGGGGUCAGCAAGAAGAUUCUAGGCUCCUCUGCAAGGACCCACUGCCCCUCAUGGAGGAGGAACGUCCUGCACAGACAGAUCUGGGGUCGGGAUUUCUCGUUUAAUAAGACAGUAAUGACUCCUGAUGAGCUCAGAUAAGUGUGAUUCUGGAGGUGGUUGGCUCGUAUUUCACGGCGCUUCUCCUUGAAUUCACCAGACACCUUUGUUUAGCUGAAAUAGCAAAGCCCAGCACCAUGCUGGGGAUCAUGGUGAAUGUAACGUAAGUUUGUCUUCCUGCCAAAUUUUAGCUACACCCGGAUUGUGUCCUCCGUGUUGUUGAACUGAAUGUGUUUUCUCAGUUGCCGUCCACGUGAGAAAACUAAGUGCACACUACUCUUUCUUGGGAGGCUGUCUCUUUUCUGUGAUGGCACAACAGGAAGUUCCGCCUUGGGGGGCGGGGCGUGACGGCCCGUGGCAGUCUGCAAGUGCGGUUUCUCUCAGGAUGGUGUCAGUGCAAGCAAUGCCCAGAAUUUGUGUGCCUUGGCCCUGCCGUUGUUAGUAUUGAUAUCACAGGCACCGGCUCUGUUUUGACACCGUUCAUUGGAUUGCAGCAUAGCCAUUGUCUACACUCUGUCCUGACUGGUGCCAGGGGAGGGACGGCGAGGCCCAGAGCAACCUGCUAGGUCUGUGUUGGCCUCCUCUGUUUGGGUCUUGGGAUGGGUCAGAGCCCGGCUCUCCUCCGGCUGCCCCAGGAGGUGCUUCUGCUCAGAAACUGGGCCGCCUGUGGCCAGGGCAGGGGGCUCGCCACGCGGGCCCUUGCCUUCCUAGCCAGCUGCUUUAAAGGCCUGUGGAAACCAGGGGACUGGAUUCGAAGGCUGGGGGAACACUGCUUUCGUCAUUCCCGUUUACAAAAUGAUGUUGGGAAUGGAGUUUGCCUCUUAUUUUCACAAGUCCUCAGGAUAGCACUAGGUGGGACUUGCCCUCUCCUUUCAUUUUCUCUGUUUGGAUGGCAGGUGGCGUUUAUUAGGAAGUUUGAGGAAAAUGUCAUCCCAUGGGCCAGACACGUGGAGCUGGGUGUGUUGGAGUUGUCCUCCUCCCUGUGAUUUUUUAAAUUCAGUGAAUAAUCUAGAAACCCAAUUUUUGAUCAGCCUACCCCAUAGCGGGGGAGAUUUUUGUUUUAAGGAAGUCUGGUCUCCCCAUAGUUGCCCAGACCAGAGCACGCACAGAGCUGACUGCAUUAGAAAAGGUGAGCAGGCACUUUGAUACAGGGGUUUGACUGUUCUUUCUUAAUCAUAUGUGUCUGAAAUGCUUUCUGGGUAUGGCUGUCUAACCCCUUCUAUGUGGCGCAAAAAUAGGUUAUCCAGGUAGUUCUUACUACUCUAGACAGCCUGUAAAUAAGUACUUUGGAAAAAUAACCUCAAUAAACCAGUAAUAUUAUUUGUCCCAUACAUAACUAUUACGUGUACUUAGCACUUCAAAAUCAACAAAUUCAGACUUUUAAAAAUACCGCAAACUUAAAAGUUUAACUCUACUUUUUGAGAAAUUGUGAACGCCUGUUAAAAUGCCUUAUUCUUCAACUAGUGUUUUUUAGAUGCUGAAUAAAAAGAGUUUUUAGAAAUGUAAUCAGUUGUUCAGCUUAAGUACUAGAGGUCUAACAUGGCCAGUCCUCCAUCCCCUUAAAGAAACAAGAAAAUGAGGUUCCUAGUCAGGGCUGCCUUUUGGGAGGAGAAAGCUAAGCAGUGCUAUUGCCAAAUGAUGUUUCUGAUAAAGUCAGGGAACACAGGGACCACAAACCCCUUUUUUGUUUUAAAGUGUGAGAGAUUAAUUUACUGCCUUUUGGCACACUUCUGAUUGUAGAGAAUAUCUAGUAUCAGCACUGACAAAUCACAUAGACACAGAGAACUCUAUAGAUUCUGACAACAUUAAAGGUUUACCCUGAUUCCGCAGAACAGCUUUUUCAGAGAUACUGUGGGGCAUGUUUCAGAGAGAAACUCUCCACAGGUUGAAAUGCCAAAAACAUAAAACGUAUUGUGUUGACUCACAUAAUUUAGUCCAUUUUAACAGAACUUUUCUACAAAAACCAGUAAAUGAGUGCUGCGCGCGCUACCCUCUCCCCCUCCCCCGCCGCCCCCGGGGGGGUUCCGGCUCCCCGUGGGCCAGGUGAGGGCAGGCAACACCUGUCGACACCCCUGUUUGAUGGGCUGGUUCACAGACUCAGUCCCCGCCCCCCAGCCCCGUGCUGGAAAGAAGAAAGGGGGUUGCUUUGACCGCGGUGUGGAAAUGGAGCGAGGAAAGCAGGUUGCAGACAAGAAUGUUCAGGAUGUUGAAAUGAUGCCCAUGUCCACCGGGCCCUCAUUGAGUGACAGCUCUGUCCCCCUGGACACCUUUGAGGUUUGGGGACCGCCCAGCAGAUGCGCUGUCCGUUGUACUUCCCGCGUGCCUGCUCGCCGAAGUCUGUGAGAUGGCAGUGCAUCGAGAAGCGGUGGAUGCCCGAUAUAUUCCCGUGAAAUAAACUGCCAGCAGACUUUCUAACUAGUAUUUUAACUGUUGAAAAGAUUUUUUUAAAAAAGUCUUUUGCUUAGGUCAUAUCCAAAUUAUGGACUGUAUUUCUUAUGUUUAGAAACCAUUCUUUACAUUAAAAAUUGUAAGAGAAAAAACCCUCCUGAGGUUAUUGAUAAAGUCCUUUGUAUAAAUGUGUUCUCUCCAUGCUGCCAUUAAGCCAAAUCAAAGGCUGUGAAAAAACACAAAUGUGUUCAAGAAGGUGUGUAGAUGAGAAAGUGAUUUAUUUACAGAUCAAAGCCUUUGUUUCAUGAAGCUACCAAAUUUUAAAAAGAAUGUCACGGUUUUUUCCUUGUUAUGGAACCCAGAGAUUGUGAAAAGAAAAAAAAAAAAAAAAAGAGCUUUUGUUGCAUUUUUGAUGCUGGCACGAAGUUUUUGUCCACUUUUUUUUUCAUGUAUCUGUGUAUUAAAAAUUCUGUCCAUUGUUUACUAUGGGAUUAGUAUUACAUUUUGAGGUAAAUAAAAAUUUGUAUUGCUUGAUAAACUGUUAGCGUGUAAAUUUCCAAGUUUUCUUUACCUCAGUUAACUUAAA